GACGCGAUGGCUACUGAAGAAAAUGUGACUCGGGUCGGGGCUGUCGUCCCGGCUCAGCGUGCUUCACCUCCAUCCACUGGGAGUAGAACCAGCCGAGAAGCCAGACACGCAAACGAGAGCCAGGAAGGAUGGAGACACUCCGACCAAUUGUGGCAGUCAAAACAGCGGAGCAGCCCUUCCCUUCUCUUUUACAGGAAGUUGUCAUGUGACAGUGGGAAAGGGACAAUUUUGAACGAGGAAUACGAGUGUUUGGAUUACAACUCAAAACUCUUGAGUACCGAAGAAAAACAUUAUCCAGAGCUGUCGACUGGCAAGGAAAUUGAAGGAAUAACUAACACUCUUACUCCGAUACCUGGGACAAGUUCAGAGGGAUCUCAGUGCCAGCUGGACACCACUGAAGAGGGUGUGGAUGCAAGCAGAAACAGAACUGGCAGCAUCCAAUGCUCCUGCACCCUGUCUAGCCUCAACAUGAGUCCAAACAGCCCUGCUCACAGCCCCAGUCCCACGCAGGCCAACAAGAGACACAUCCGUCGGAGCAGCCUUCCUGUGUCAAUGCUGGCUUUCCACAAGACUUCACCCUGCCUCUUAUCUCGGUGCAGUCCAUCCAGUGAACCGAGCUCUCUGGUGUCGUCUCCCUCUGGUUCCCCUCUUCCCAAACACCGCCAGCAUCACCAGAAUGGACACAUUCACCAGCACCAUCUCAAAGAUAGCUACUCGAGUUUAGAGAGGCUCAACAGAAGGCCCAGGGUUAAGAAAUGCUCCCUGGAAAAACUAUUUCCAAGAAGAGCAUCUUUUGAAACCAUGGGGUCAACUCUGAGGAGCGAUGAGAGGUCAUCCUCAGGAGUGACCAGGAACUGCAGUGAGGGCAGCAGCAGUGAUGAAGGGGAUGGAGACGGCAUCUUGGAUAACGCAGACUUUAUCAGGAACCGUAAAGAGCGUUCCACUGUCCUUGUCAGACGCUUCUUCAAGAAUAAUCAAAAGAUGACCAAGUCCGUGUGUACUGGAACAAGAGCGAUUGUCAAGACGCUGCCGUCAGGAAGCAUCUCAGAGGAGGUCUGGGAGGUGGUUGUGAUUCAGAGGAUACGGCGACCCAGCAAGAAGAAUGUGUGGCCAGUCGUAAUGCGUGGUAUCAAAGAAGAAUUCAGCGUUUGCAGAGACAUGCUACGUUUUAUUGGAGUCAAGCUACAGCAGGUUAACAACUAUGUGCAGGACAGAGAGGAACUCAACCUGAUUCAUCCCGCCAAACAGCUCCUUCUGUCUUGUGUGGGUCUCACGGAGUCUCGCUGCCAAACGCACCCGGUCAGCACCAGCCCAGCCAGACCGGACCUGAAGGCCUCCCUCAAUCCCUGGUGCUGUCAUCCCGCUCAUCCCCCUAGGUUUUAUCGUGCUUGUGGUCAGAGGACGUCGGUGUGUUCCCUGCUGACCGGAGCCCUUCUAGAGGCCACAGCAGCUCUCGGAGCCCGCUCUGCUCUGCCCUACCUUUUGCCGCAGAGCCCCAACAGCCACACCGUACUGAAAGAGCGUCAGCUGGCUAACAGUAUGACCAGCAGCGUCUCUUUUCAACCCAGCGUCAGUGGGAUCAGUAAGGAGCUGGCGGAGGUGCGUCACCUUGUUCAGUUCCCCGAGGAGAUCGCCUGCAUCCUCACCGAGCAAGAGCAGCAGCUUUACCAACGGGUCUUUCCCCUGGACUACCUCUGUUUCCUCACUCGAGACGUGGGCAGCCCCGAGUUUCAAACCAAACGCCACCCAAACCUCAAGGCCUCGCUGUCUGUGCCCGCCAUGCCUACCCAGAGUGCUCAGCGAAGUAACGCUGUGGAGGACCUGGUGGCGCGGUUCAACGAGGUGAGUUCGUGGGUGACGUGGCUGAUCCUAACAGCAGGAUCCAUGGAGGAGAAGAGAGAAGUGUUCUCCUAUCUGGUCCACGUCGCUAAAUGCUGUUGGAAUAUGGGGAACUACAACGGUGUAAUGGAGUUCCUGGCUGGACUCAGGUCCCGCAAGGUGCUGAAGAUGUGGCAGUUCAUGGACCAGUCAGACAUCGAGACUAUGAGGAGCCUAAAGGACGCCAUGGCUCAGCAUGAAUCUUCUUCUGAGUACAAGAAGGUUGUGACCAGAGCUCUCAACAUCCCAGGAUGCAAGGUGGUGCCAUUCUGUGGGGUUUUUCUGAAAGAGCUGAGUGAUGCGUUGGAUGGCACCGCAAGCAUCAUCAGCCUCAAACCACCUCUAUAUAACACAGAGGACUCAAUAGAGUUUGUGUCUGACUACAGCGGCCAGCACAACUUCCUGUCGCGGUCAGGUCCAGAUGGACUACACGUCCCAGAGAAAGAAGCUACUGUCAGCAACAUCCUCCAGAUUAUCAGAUCUUGUAACCGUAGCUUGGAGGCAGAGGAUCCUGAUGAGGCCUCCACCAGUCCCUCUACUACUGGCCCAUCCCCUGCAUCCAGAAAUAACUCCUUCAGAGACGGCUGCCGCAAUCAAUUCAUGGUGGGGGACCUGUCGGACUCGGAGGGCGACUUGUCGUCUGAGUCGGUGGUGAAAGAGGUGGAGUUUCACAGCACUGAAGAGACGCACAGAGCUUUCAGCCAUGGCACUGAGCUCAUUCCCUGGUACGUGUUGUCACUGCAACCAGACGUCCACCAGUUUCUGCUGCAGGGGGCUACAGUCAUCCACUACGACCAGGACAGCCACCUCACAGCUCGCUGUCUGCUGCGUCUCCAACCUGACAACACGACACUCACCUGGGGUAAGCCUCAGAGCGGAGGGGCUUCACCUACAGAGCAACCGCUGGGAUUAGGACAGGCUGUAGUGGCAGGACUAGCAGAGGGCCUUUUGGACCUGGGAUGGGUGAAGGCAGUGUUCCUGGGUCAUCAGGGAGUAGACAUUCAUGCUGUAUGUUUGCAAAACAAGCUGAGCCAGAUGACGGUGGAGGAAAAUGGUCUCAGCCUCCUCUACGGUCUCACCACCACAGACAACAGACUCCUGCACUUUGUGGCCCCCAACCACACGGCACAGAUGCUUCAUAAAGGCCUGUCGGCGUUGGUGAAUGCAUCCAGAAAGUUAAAGAAGUUUCCUGACCAAAGGUUACAGUGGCUUAGGAAGCACUAUGUCAGCUUGUAUCAGGAGGACGGCAGGUACGAAGGCCCUACACUAGCUCAUGCAAUUGAGCUGUUCGGGGGGCGGAGAUGGAACAUGGGUUCAGGCGGAGUGGAGAAACCUGCUGGCCAGAAAAACAGCCCUCUGAGCAUCAACGAUAAGACCAAGAAGAAGAAGAAGGUCCUUGUCAGGGGAGACAGUGGGGAUGCCACAGAUGACGAGAUGGUUUCCAGGAAAACACGGAGCUGUAAGGAGGGCCUGUAUCGAAAUGGACCGGAGUCUGACAGCAUCGACCAAGAAGAUCCAGAGGACUGCUUCCCUGGACCAUUCUCCCUCUCAUCCAGUAAAAACUUGUUAGCCUCUUCUUCCUCCUCCUCCUCCUCUUCAUCCAGUAUGGCAGGGUCCAACAAUUCACGCCCACAAUCCUCUCCGAUUCUCUCAGGAACUGCCAAGUCACAGCCAGGGACAUGGAGCAGCAGGUCGUGGCACGGCCGAGGUAAAGGCUGUUUCAAAGGCUUCCAGAAUCUUAUGAUUUCUGACAGCACAAUGAGCUUCAUCGAGUUUGUUGAGCUCUUCAAGUCAUUCAGUAUCCGAAGCAGGAAAGACCUGAAGGAGCUGUUUGACACCUUUGCUGUCCCCUGCAGUCGUUCAAGUCCAGAGUCUGCUCCUCUCUACACCAACCUCAGCAUCGACGACAAAGAUUCGGGGCUACAGCCGGACCUUGACUUAUUAACCCGCAACGGUUCUGAUCUCGGCCUGUUUAUCCGCACGAGGCAGCAGAUGUCUGACAACCAGAGGCAGAUCUCAGACGCCAUUGCAGCAGCCAGCAUCGUGACCAACGGGACAGGAGUGGAAAAUGCAUCACUGGGGGUCUUGGGAUUGGCUAUCCCUCAGCUCAACGACUUCCUCGUCAACUGUCAAAGAGAGCACCUGAGCUACGAUGAGAUUCUCAGCAUUAUACAGAAAUUUGAGCCCUCGUCAAGCAUGAGACAAAUGGGUUGGAUGUCAUUUGAAGGCUUUGCAAGGUUCCUGAUGGAUAAGGAGAACUUUGCGUCUCGUAAUGAGGAAUCCCAGAUGAACCCAGAGGAACUGCAGUACCCUCUGUCCUACUACUACAUUGAAUCUUCUCACAACACCUAUCUGACUGGACACCAGCUCAAAGGAGAGUCCUCUGUUGAGCUGUACAGUCAGGUGUUGCUGCAAGGCUGUAGGAGUGUUGAGUUGGACUGUUGGGAUGGAGAUGAUGGCAUGCCAGUCAUUUAUCAUGGACACACACUUACCACUAAAAUACCCUUCAAGGAUGUGGUGGAGGCAGUUAGUCGGUCCGCAUUUGUCAAUUCGGACAUGCCCGUCAUCCUGUCCAUCGAGAACCACUGCUCCCUUCCACAGCAACGCACGAUGGCGGAAAUCUUCAAGACGGUGUUCGGGGAACGUCUCGUGACGCGCUUCCUUUUUGAAAGUGACUUCAGCGAUGACCCUCACCUGCCGUCGCCGCUGCAGCUGCGAGGGAAGAUCCUCCUCAAGAACAAGAAGCUCAAAGCGCACCAGGCGUCGGUGGACAUCCUCAAACAGAAGGCUCACCAGUUGGCCCACAUGCAGGCCCAGGCAAGCAAUUGGUCACCUGGGGUUACUUCACCUGGCAACCACACAAAUGAGGAAGAAGAAGAGGAGGAAGACGAAUACGACUACGACUAUGAGUCUCUAUCAGAUGAUAACAUCCUGGAUGACAAGCCAGAGGGGAAGAGCUCAGCAGACAAAGAAGAUCAAUCUGUUGAUGGAAUACCGAAGAGGAUGAAGAAGUCUGACAGCACAACGCAGAGCAAAGGAAAGGUGUUUGACAUAGAGCUGGGCGAGGAGUUCUACCUCCCGCAGAACAAGAAAGAGAGUCGACAGAUUGCCCAGGAGCUGUCCGACCUCAUCAUCUACUGCCAGGCUGUGAAAUUUCCUGGCCUGUCCACGCUGUCUCCUGCCGGCUCUGGCAGAGGGAAGGACCGAGGGAAGAGCAGAAAGUCCAUAUUUGGCACAGCUCCCCCUCGCUGCAGCUCAACGGGGGAGGUCAUGACCCAGGGCCGCACCCCUGGAAAAGGUGGCGCUGAGCGGCUGAGCUGGGAGGAGCAGCAGACGUCUCCUAUCCUCAACCCCCCCACCACUCUCAGCGCCAUCAUCCGCACGCCCAAGUGCUACCACAUUUCCUCCGUCAACGAGAAUGCCGCCAAGCGCCUCUGCCGGCGUUACUCCCAGAAGCUGAUCCAGCACACCGUGUGCCAGCUGCUCAGGACGUACCCAGCAGCCACCAGGAUCGACUCGACAAACCCCAACCCGCUGCUCUUCUGGCUGCACGGCAUCCAGCUGGUGGCACUGAACUAUCAGACUGAUGAUUUGCCCAUGCAGUUGAACACAGCUGUGUUUGAGUCCAAUGGCGGCUGUGGCUACGUCCUGAAGCCGGCAGUGCUGUGGGACCGCAGCUGUCCACUUUAUCAGCAGUUCUGUCCGAUGGAGAGGGAUGCGGAGAAGAUGAGCCCUGCCGUCUAUUCCCUGACUAUUGUUUCCGGUCAGAACGUGUGUCCCAGUCACAGCGCUGGCAGUCCGUGCAUUGAGGUGGAUGUUCUGGGCAUGCCCAUCGACAGCUGCCACUUCCGCACCAAACCCAUCCACCGCAACACCCUCAACCCCAUGUGGAGUGAGCACUUCCAGUUCAUCGUGCACUUUGAAGAGAUGUGCUUCCUGCGCUUCGCCGUCGUGGAGAACAACAGCUCCCAGACUACCGCACAGAGGACUCUGCCUCUGAAGGCCCUCAAGCCAGGUUACAGACACGUCCAGUUGAGGACUCAACAUAAUGAACACCUUGAAGUGUCGAGCCUGUUUAUCUACAGCCGUAGAAUAGAGGAGGUUCCCACAGGGGGCGCUACUCCCUCAUCACUGCUGUUCAGUUCGGAGGAGAAACGUGCGUCGCAGCAGCACCGGGUGACGGUGUAUGGAGCUCCUGGUCCUGAGCUCUUCACUGUGUUUUGCAUCACUGAACAGACGACCGCUAAACAGCUGCUGGACACGGUUGUUGCUUCUGCAGGAAACCCGUCCGAGUACUUCCUGUGUGAGGAGACGGUUCCUCUGUUGAAGGAGCGCAGCGAGGUGAAGCGCUGUUCUCAGUAUCGUCCUCUGGCACCCGAGGAGGAGGUGGUUAGACUGGUCUCCAGCUGGAACUCCGAGGAGGGAUACGUGGGGAGGAUCUGCCUCAAAGAGAACAUAAAUGACAAGAACUCUGUGCUGGAGGGAGAGGAGGAGGUGGCUGUGGGAGGUAGAGAAGGAGGAGGGGGAGGAGGAGGAGGGGGAGGAGCAGCAGCAGAGGACGAUAUGUUCUUUGUCCAGAUCCAUGAAGUUUCACCGGAACAGCCUCACACUGUGAUCAAGGCCCCGCGCUACAGCACAGCUCAGGAUAUCAUACAGCAGACUUUGUCAAAAGCCAAGUAUUCCUUCAGUAUCCUAGCUAAUCCCAAUCCAUGCGACUACGUCCUGAUGGAGGAAGUGACCAAGGACACCGGCUCCAAGAAGUCCUCCACCGCCAAGCCGCUGCAGCGGGUGCUACUGGACCACGAGUGUGUCUACCAGGCUCAGAGCCGCUGGCGGGGAGCGGGGAAGUUCAUUCUUAAACUCAAAGAGCGGGUAGCUCUUAACAUGGUGGUGCGGGAAGACAAAAAGAAAGUAAUUUCCUUUGCCAGCGAACUCAAGAAGCUGACCAGUCGCAGCCGCAGCAUGACGACUGGCGGUGGAGUGGACGGUCCUGCCCAGAGUAAGGAUGAUAGAGCUGCAUGCUGUGUGGCUCUGACAGAGCUCCAGGAGUGAGGCGCACACUCUUCGUGCUGUCUGUGCAUGGAAAGGCAACGGAGGGUAUCUGUCUGCAGCUGCAGGUCUGAAGGCGUGGGUGGCAGAGGGCCGGGCGGGGGCAGGGAGGUUCCUACAGGCCUCGUCCUCCUCCUCCCUCAGGGGGCAACUCCAAUCUGUCCACCUGUCCACCUCCUCUCUGACCCCACCCGCCUGGAAGCUUCACCUCCUCAGGAACUGGAAGAUCCUCAGAUGAAGUCCAAAGAGAGAGACUUGGGUUGACUACUUCUAAACUUGGAGGAUUCUCCUUUCCAAGAAAGGCGAGGUGAAGGAGGUACGGGAUUCAAUGGGUUAGUUGAUGCUUCAGAAUUCCCCCCCAGCGUCACUUCAGAGCUGCAGUGGUCCUGUCGGGGCAGGUGGCGCUGGCUCUUCUGGGUUUAUUGGUUGUCGUGUAGCUCCACACAGAGUCCGGAGGACCAGAGGCAGCUGCUGGUAUGGAAGUCGUCGGGUAUGUGAUCAGGGACCGAAAGUAUUCCUUCUCUUACCAACAAAGAAAGGAGAACUUCCUCAGGUCACAUUCAAAGGAUGAAGAGUUAUGGGUGCCAUUUUCUUUUUUUACCCCCCAUAAAUUACAACAAAUCAUAAGAAGGAAAGCUGCUAAAUGGUCUCUUAAUGGAAUGAGUUCAUCUAGUGUCCUCGCACAGGCUACAGUUUGCUCUUGGAGGACAGUAUCACGUAUUUGGUUCAAAAACAUUUGAUAAACUUCUGGUGUCACACGAAUAAAGCACAAAGCAGACGGAGUGAGAUGGAGCAGAGGAGGUGAAACACUAUUCUUCUCUCUUUCUCAGGUAUGGGCUCUUUUUUUGUGAGGGCAUUGUGAAGGAGGCUGACAAGCGGGCUUCUUUAGGUUUUUUUUUCUUACUGUUCUCAGUACUGUAAGGGCACAUUUUGAGCAUCGCUCAUAGGAAAAGGCGCCAAAGUGUGAGAUACAUAUUCCGAUAUUCUGGGAAUUUCUUGGACACUACUGUCGCUCCUCUAAAGGUGACGAUACUGUACAUUUUAAGGUAGUUUAGCUGCAGUAUAGCUGCGGGGGCAAAUGUGAAACAAUGUUUUAUCCCUCUGGUGAUAAAGUUGUUCUCUUAAAAUGUUGCAAAACUGCCUUUUAACUUUUGGUAAUUUUGUAGCUGUAUCUCUGAGGUUGGUUUCACAAAGUGUUUUAGUUCUGUCGUAAACUGCAAAACCAAUUAAUGAAAUAAUUCAUACAUUUUUGAAGAAUAAAAACAAGAUAUGUUGUCAGUAAAUGUCUGUCUUGUAAAUUUCCCCUUUACUUAUGUUGACAUUUUUCAAACCCUUUUGUUUGUUACAGAAAAGAAGUGAACGUUAAGUAUGUAAAGUCAAAUAUAAAGUAAAUAUUGAGGAUUGUAAAGACUUUGACAAGGGAAAAUAUUCCUCCUUUAUUUAUUUAUCAUGGAACAACGAUUAUUUUAGCACUAAGGUCCUUUGGAGACGCAGCCAAGUGUUCUUCAAACUGCAUUUUGCACAUUUUAUUUUUGCCUUUGUUGUCUGAUGAAUGUCAGAGAAUUACUUGCUAUGAGAUGAUUGAAUUAUUAUUAUUUUUGUUUUAAAUGAUUAUGAUCAUCGUAUUUAUAACUUUUAGUUUGGUCCCAGUUGCAAAUUUUGUUUUGAGGAAAGCACAAAAUUGUAUUGAUUGAUUGUAAUUAUUGAUUGUAUUUUUUUCUUAUUGCUCAUUUGGAUUCAGAUGUGCUUGAUCACUUUUAAUCUUUUUCGUUAUAAUAUUUGAAUAUGUUUUUAUUUUGAUAAAGUUAAGACUAUGUUUUCUCUUUCGAACAUAGUUUAGUUUUAUUUGGCAUUGCAGAUAUUAAUACACAGAUAUUCCCUUUAGUGUCAUACUGAUCCUCACAAAGCCCAAUAUGAAUUUUUAAUUUACACAAAAAAGGUUUUAUAUCGGGUAUUUUGGGUUCGUCAGGUCUUUCCAUGUCCGGAAAAUGACAACUUAAUUUCCUGAAUUAAUUCUACGGUAAGUCUUUUGUGACUUGUUUCUUGAUUUAAUUUGGGUUAAGAAUGAAUUAUAUUGUUAUAAAGUACAUUUUCCAACUUUUAAACCGCAUUCCAACAUAAAAAGCUUUUCUAAAACCUGCAAACAGUGAACACGGCUUGUAAACAUGAGAGUAGGUUAUUUAAAUGUGUGCCUUUUAUUCUAAAGUACACAUUUUCUUUCAUUUGCCUUUAAGUAACACUUUGCAGAGCACCAAGUAAUGAUGUUUGAAUGUUAGUGCAAUAGUGAAGUUCUGUAACUUCCUUUAGGUUUUUGUUCUCAUCUUGUUUUCUAACUCCGGUCCUCGACUUGUUUACAAGUCAUUUCCACACGAGGCUCAUCUGUUGUUGUUAGUUGGAACGAUCCUUAAGGCCGGUUGUAAUUAAGGUAGAAAGUUAUCCAAGAAACCAUAACUCUAAACUGGUGAUUCCUUAAAACUACCACGUGAUAUCAGCUGAUAUAAAUAUGUGAAAUCCACACUGACUUUUACCAGAAAGGGAAAUUUUCUGUUAAAUUGUAAAUCUAUAAUCAGGAAGCUGUGGUCCUUGUUUUCCUUCUUUCUGACCUUUAGACCUCAUUUCUGAAUGUCACAUUUCUUAAAUGUGUUGAACCUGAGACCUGAGUGUUUGGAUGUUAUUUAUUUUAAUGUGAAGCCCUGGUUGGCAAUUCUAUCUUAUUGUUGUUUAUGUAUAGUUUCCUGUAAGUAGUUGUAGGUCUUUUCUUUUAUUUAUUUAAAUAUGUAAGAGAGUACACUCUCCACUGCCCUAACUUUACUCAAACUUAUUGAGAGAUGUAAAGAAAUGUUUUACUUUGUGUCAAAUUGUAUUCAUACUGUAUGUCUGGUUAUUCUGCAGUACACAGCAACAUGUUGUAAUUACUUUUAUUUUGUGAUUUAUCAUAAAAAGCUGACAGUUUAAAUCUUUAUUUUGAAAAACAUUUUGCUGUAUUAGUUAUAUCCGCUGAAUAUGAGUAUAUGUGUUUCAUCUUUAGCACACUGUUGCUUCCAUAAUAUGGGCAGUAUACUCUUUAACAUCCACUAUCUAAGUUAUGAUGUGGCUGUGAACAUUUCUCUAUUUACUUGAAUUUUUAAAAGAAUGAGAAAUAGUGGAUUUGUCAUAUACUAGAUUCACAAUGAAAUAAAAAAUACUCAACGUUG